ACUAGUACUUAAAGGCAUUGAAAACAGAUGGCAUGAAAUUUCUAAAGCCACGAAACUUAGCUUACCUCAAUUUUCACAUGCAAUAGAUCUAAUUCUCAGUUCAACUAGCUUUUCUUUUAAUGACCAGAUAUAUGAACAGAUCUUCGGUAGUCCCAUGGGGUCUCCCCUAUCCCCUAUACUAGCGGAUAUAAUUAUGGAUGACCUAGAGACACACUGUAUUAAUUCGUUGGAUUUCGAGAUACAAGUAUAUUAUAGAUACGUUGAUGACAUAUUCCUAGUCCUCCCUGAGGACAGACUCCAAGAAGUGUUGAAUACUUUUAACAGCUACCAUCCUCGUCUACAAUUCACCUCCGAGAUUGAGAAUAAUAAAACACUCAAUUUUCUUAAUGUGUCUGUCCUCAGGGAAAACAACAAAAUGAUAACGAAUUGGUACAGAAAACCGACAUUCUCGGGAAGAUACAUUAAUUACUUUUCGAGCCACCCGACAAAAUACAAAAUUAAUACGAUCACAACUUUAGUAGACCAAGCCAUUUUACUUUCUGACGCACGUUUCCAUAACAGUAACAUUAAGUUAAUUCAAGACAUUCUCCUAAAUAAUUCUUAUCCCCCCCGUUUUAUUAAUGAACACAUUACAAAAAGAUUAAAACUAUUACGUCAUCGACACAAUACUAACACUAACGACCCUCCAACUGAGAGCCUUGAACGUAAAAAUUAUCUCACUAUACCAUAUAUCAAUGGUAUUAGUGAAGAAAUAGGACGCAUUUUAUCCAAAUUUAAUAUGAAUAUUGUGUUUACUGUCCCUAAAAAACUUGACGUAAUUAUAAGAAAGGGGAAGGAUAAAAUAAUUAACACGAAACAGACCGAACUUGUCUAUAAAAUUGAUUGUAUUAACUGCGACGCGACCUAUAUUGGCCAAACUAAGAGACAUAUUGCAACGAGAAUAAAGGAGCAUUGCAACGACAUCAAAAAACCGACAUCAAAUCACUCUGUCGUAAGCAAACAUCGGACAACAUUCGGACAUGAGUUUGACUGGUCAAAUCCUUUAAUUUUACACAAAGAACGACAUUACAGACGCAGAGAAAUCGCAGAGAUGUUUUUUAUCAAGAAAUUUAAUAACACUAUUAACCUCCAGAAAGACACUGAAAAUCUGAACACGAUAUAUGAUAAAAUCGUUCGACUCACCUAGUUUCAACUUCACAUUUAUUUUAUUUAUUUGUUUCUCCGGUCCCCUUCUAUAUGUCAUGACGGGAGGAUCUUAGCAAUGUCCCUUUGUUCUGUUCCAACUAUUUAGUCUCUUGGUGACAUGACACGUGCGAAGACGUAUAUUUCUAUGUGCGAUGACGAUUAGCCUUUUAUAUUUUCCUAUGCUUCGUUGUCACAAGCUAUAGGAUCCACUUGAAAAGGACCAGUAUUACUGGCCGAAACGUCGUGGUAAAAUUUAAAAUAGAAUAAAACUGCCAGCCUUGGUCGAUCUAAUCCCCGAGUAUUU